GCGUCAAAUUUAAAGACGCGUCCAGAUGAUCCUCCUCGCAAGCACACUCAUCAAGUGGUUAUCCAGAGAGUAUCUCAUCGCUUUCCGUGAUAGAUGCAUGUGCAAUGAACGAAGAUAAGUGAAGAGGAUAUCGGCGAGAGGAGGGUCAAAGAAAUGUGGGCAAAUAUAAUGCCGCUCGAUAUCUGUGCCCGGUCCGCCGAUAAGUGCAUGACCAUGACCUAACGGCGAACAUGCAUAAGUAUGUAACAUCCGCCACCUAAACCGUAUCUCUCUCUUUCCUCACCUCUAUCUGGUCCAGCCUACUCUUGUCCUCCUUGCAAGCAUCAUCGUGAAGACAUGUCGACGCCGAACAAGGUCACAGUUCUCUCACACCCGCUCAUCAAUGCACGGCUAUCCAAGUUACGAGAGAUGAGCACACCUGCGAAGGAGUUCCGAGAGGGUAUCCAUGACAUUAGUCUCAUCCUGGGAAUCGAAGCAAGUCGCGAUCUAGAACAGGAAUCCUACGAAGGCCAAACCCCCGUAGGACCUUUCACUGGGUCGCAUAUCAAGCCAAGGAUCGGCCUCACACCUAUUCUGCGUGCUGGUAUGGGCAUGACGGACGCGCUAUUGGAGUUGUUCCCCUCAGCACCCGUCUACCACCUGGGUAUCUUCAGGGAGAAGACCACACUUCAACCUGUUGAAUACUAUUCCAAGCUACCCCCAGUCCCGCCGAUAGAUUUGGUGUUCCUGCUUGAUCCUCUGAUCGCGACCGGUGGCACCGCAUGCGCAGCCAUGAACAUGGUCCUUGAGUGGGGCAUUCCAAUCAAGCAUAUCAAGUUACUUUGUGUGCUUGCCUCACAAGAUGGUCUCAAGCACGUUCAAGCUGAAUACCCCGGAUUAGAGAUUUGGGUGGCGGCUGUUGAUCCGCUCCUAACUAAGAACGGACUUAUUUCGCCCGGUCUCGGCGACACUGGUGAUCGUUUGUACAAUACCCUGAAGGACUAACUUGAGGAUGGCACGGAUACAAUUAGCAGUCAUUACGUGUUGUAAUAUUAGAAUUCCUUUUGUGAUUACAGAGUCUUGAGUUUUCUCGCGGUUGACUCGUUUUC